CGCGCGCGGGCAGGCGGCGCGCACGGCCGGAUAGGCGCGCGGGGGCCGCGUGGGGCGGCGGCGUCCUGGCCCCCAGAGCCGGUCUCGCGCGCCGGGAGUCUUCCUUCCGCCGCCGCCACAUCCCGGGACCCUACGGGCCGCGGCGCGGAGGCCGCCGGCGGCGGCGCGGAGGCCUCGGGGCAGGGUGGGGCGGGCCUCCCGCGCUCCCGGGACCCCGCGCGCUUCGCCCACAGGCCCGGCGAGGCCCGACCCGCGCUGAGCCCCCAGGGCCGGGGGAGGAGCCUAAGGACCCGGACGAGCGCCGCUCCACUAGGUGACAAGAGGAACCAAGAACCUCAGUUCAGGGGAAACACAGCUAGGAAAUGUGAGCCCCAGGCUGCAGAAGGAAGAGUCAGUGAAUGGCUGCAGUGUGACAACAUGCACCACCAGUGGCUUCUGCUGGCCGCGUGCUUUUGGGUGAUUUUCAUGUUCAUGGUGGCUAGCAAGUUCAUCACGUUGACCUUUAAAGACCCAGAUGUGUACAGUGCCAAACAGGAGUUUCUGUUCCUGACAACCAUGCCGGAAGUGAGGAAGUUGCCAGAAGAGAAGCAUAUUCCUGAGGAACUGAAGCCAACUGGGAAGGAGCUUCCAGACAGCCGGCUCGUUCAGCCCCUGGUCUACAUGGAGCGCCUGGAACUCAUCAGAAACGUCUGCAGGGAUGACGCCCUGAAGAAUCUCUCGCACACUCCCGUCUCCAAGUUUGUCCUGGACCGAAUAUUUGUCUGUGACAAGCACAAGAUUCUUUUCUGCCAGACUCCCAAAGUGGGCAACACCCAGUGGAAGAAAGUACUGAUUGUUCUGAAUGGAGCCUUUCCUUCCAUUGAGGAGAUCCCCGAAAACGUGGUGCACGACCACGAGAAGAACGGCCUUCCUCGGCUCUCUUCCUUCAGUGAUGCAGAAAUUCAGAAGCGAUUGAAAACAUACUUCAAGUUUUUUAUUGUAAGAGAUCCCUUCGAAAGACUUAUUUCUGCAUUUAAGGAUAAAUUUGUUCACAAUCCCCGGUUUGAGCCUUGGUACAGGCAUGAGAUUGCCCCUGGCAUCAUCAGGAAAUACAGGAGGAACCGGACGGAGACCCGGGGGAUCCAGUUUGAAGAUUUCGUGCGCUACCUGGGCGAUCCGAACCACAGAUGGCUAGACCUUCAGUUUGGGGACCACAUCAUUCACUGGGUGACGUAUGUAGAGCUCUGCGCUCCCUGUGAGAUCAUGUACAGUGUGAUUGGGCACCACGAGACCCUGGAGGACGAUGCCCCCUACAUCUUAAAAGAGGCUGGCAUUGACCACCUGGUGUCAUACCCGACCAUCCCUCCGGGCAUCACCGUGUAUAACAGAACCAAGGUGGAGCACUAUUUCCUGGGCAUCAGCAAACGAGACAUCCGACGCCUGUACGCACGGUUCGAAGGGGACUUUAAGCUCUUUGGGUACCAGAAACCAGACUUUUUGCUAAACUAAUGCCUAGGACCUAUGAAUUCAAAUAUCUUUGUUAGACCUGGGGCUAACCAGGUGGAGGUCGGAGCCCAGAAAUGACCCUUUCUCCACCACACCCCUCCUUUUAGGACGCCUGGGGUCUCCCACGGGGCUGUGAGUUGCCUCGGCAUACGACUCAGGACCCCGACUGUUACAACUUAGUUUGGAUGUAAGAUGCUCUGAGGACCCUGUCCCCACCCCUGUCAUUAGGAUGUCGCUGGCCUUUGCUUACCUCAGAGGGGAGAGAAGACUUAAGAUUUGCAGUUUGACAGCCCAGCAGGGAGGAAGCAUCACACAGUGUUAGGAGCCAUUGCCCUCAGGUGUUAAGGAAGGGGAGGCCCCUGAGGUUCUCCUGGCUAGUCGGGGUGGCCUCACCCGUCACUGGGUCACUGGUUGGUUGCAGAACAGCAUCCAGCACUCUGAGGAGGGACAGAGACGCAAGGGGACUGCUGAAACCGCAGAGGCUUUUGCAGCAUCAGAUCUGAGGAGUAAAACGGCACCCCUGGCCUUCAUCUGGGUGCUGCUACGAUUGUGGAGGCAAAGCAUUCUUUCUAUGACUGUUUUGUUCCCGUGGUCAUCGAUGGCCAGAGGGUGGUGUGGGGUCUGGGGGUCCAUCUCCACCUGUCUCCUCCAGGGAGCUCCUACCUUGGGGCUGAAGACUAGCAGGGGCCACAUGCCAGCGUCACAGGAUUCUGUGUAGUUUACAUAUUUUGAUUCCUUUCAUCUCAGCAAAAUGGGCACCGCCAGAGCCAUUUCUCAUCAUGCCACCAUCCUGGACCAUGUGACUGGAAGGUGGGUAACCAAGUUCACCAGCAAUAAAACCUAUGGCCCAGGUAGCCUCCAGCAGUGUGACUUCCUGGCAGCGAGGUAGGCCCUGGUGCAGGGCAAGCCACAGCGACCAUUUCAGAUACCGUCCACAGCCAGGGCCGCUGAGACCCGGGACAGUUUCCUGGGGUGAGUGCCAGCCUGAGCCUGCAUGGUGCUGCCGAGCCCGGGGUAGAGGAGGGAGUCAAGCUUUGCUUCAAGGCGGCCUCUGCCUUUUCUCAGAAUGGUUUCCUGAAUGUGUCAAUGUGAAAGUAAAAUAAAAUUUAUGUGCCAAACCUGA